AUGGGCUGCUCUAUAAGAAAAUCGAAACCAAAACAAAGGGAUGAUAUAGAUUAAAUAGAACAAUUGAUAUAAUCAGAUUGUUUAGGUAUGGAGUAAAAUUUUGUCCUUGUAAAAAAUCCAAUUGUAAUGAGAAGAAAUUAUAGCAAAGAAAUACAAAAAUUAUCAGAUUCAAAACAUAUAUGA